AUGGACGACUGCUCCUCUGACUCCUCUGCCAUGCCGACGACGGCGUCCCACGUUUCUGGCGUCACCAUCCACAUCCCGGCUGUUCCUGUCAUCGAGCUCACGCUCCUCGUUAUUGCAGCACUGCUGUGGCGCUUGCUCGUUGCGGUGCACGCGGGACUGGCGAUGCUCCAUGCGUUGCAGGCAGAGAAGAUUCCCCACUCCGGCGUGCCGUCCGCGGAGAAAGGCAGCCCCCCGCCACCGCCGCACCUCUCGCGCCAGCUCUCUCGCGAGCGGCUCCGAGGCGGCAUGCCUGUGCCGCCUCCGUCUCCCCGCGGCGAAGGCGAGCCAAACAUGCUGGCCGACGCGCGGCCGCUGCGAAUUUCGGCCGGCCACUUUGGCAAGUGCUUGAGCGGCGAUGCCGACGUCGACGUCGCCUUAUUCAUAGCAGCCUGCCAGGCGUGCAGUCACAGUGCGGACGAAGUGAUCUCCAACAUGAAGAAGAUUGAACACUCCUUCGAGCUGGCGCCGGUGCGGUACCGCUCGAUGCGAGAGCUGCUUGAGGCGGAGGUUGCGGCGGGGAUGCACCAGCCGGGAGGC